ACAAAGCAGAACUCAAAAACACACAGUAGUGUUAGUUCCAUUGCCCCUUCAGGGGCAUACGACUCCAAUGCUUCAGCUGGGGAGUAUUCUUUACUCUAAGGGGUUCUCCAUCGUAGUUCCACACUCUGAACUCAGACCUCCCAAUCCUCUGAACCAUCCUGAAUUCAUCUUUCACCUCUUGUCGGACGGUUUAUCUGGUUAUCAGGCCUCUAUCGACAAUUUAAAGCAUCUCGUAUUAGCUAUGAACAGCAACUGCAGAGCACCUAUGCAGGACUACAUGGUUCAACUCAUGGAAGAUCAGAAGCUGCAGGGCUACCCGGUUUCUUGUAUAAUAUAUGAUUCCUACUUGUGCUUUGUUGAUUCGGUUGCUACUCAUCUAAAGAUUCCAAGCAUUGUUUUAAGGCCUAAUAUGGCUGCUUCCAUGCUAUCUCGUCGCUACAUCUGUCAACUUCAAGCAGAAAAUCGUAUUCCCUUUCCAGAGUCCAGGCUGCUGGACCCUGUACCAGAGCUCCAUCCUUUGAGGUUUAAGGAUUUACCGUAUCCAAUUACUAAUGAAAUACCCGAAUGGAUUAUGAAUUUCUUCGCUUCUUCAGUCAAUAUACGCUCUUCUGUGGCCAUCAUUUUGAAUACAACAGAUUGUCUUGAGCAUUUAACCUUAUCACGGCUUCAGCAACGUUACAAAGUCCCAUGCUUCCCAAUUGCGCCUCUCCAUAAGUUGGGAGCUGCAGCAACAUCUACAAGCUUCCUGGAAGAGGACCAAAGUUGCAUUGCUUGGCUCGAAAAGCGACCUCCAAAUUCAGUGCUCUAUGUGAGCUUGGGCAGCCUAGCACGCGUAAAUGAACAAGAGCUAACAGAAACAGCUUGGGGACUGGCAAACAGUGGAAUUCCAUUUAUAUGGGUUCUUAGAUCAGAUUCUAAGGAUGGAUCUCAGUUGGAAGAUCACUUUCCUGAGGGCGUCAAAGCAUUACUAAGAUAAAGAGGCCUAAUAGUCAAAUGGGCACCUCAGAAAAAAGUUUUGGCACAUAGCGCUGUGGGGGGAUUUUGGAGCCACUGUGGCUGGAAUUCAACAAUAGAAAGCAUCUGCGAAGGCGUUCCAAUGAUUUGCAGACCACAUUUUGCAGACCAAUCAUCAAAUGCAAGAUACUUGACUUAUGAAUGGAAGGUAGGCCUGGAAAUUGAGAAUGUGCUGGAUAGAG